UCUGAUUGGCUGCAGGAAAAAGAAAGGAAGUAUUUAUUUGUCUGCGGACUUUCAUUGGAACAGAAAGUUGAAGAUAAUUAAGCGCAGUUGUCUUUUCWUAACUUCUUAUAUCCUACAGAAACUAAGCAAAGAGACAAGAAUGGCCUCCUUCAACAAAGGUCCUGCUUAUGGAUUAUCAGCAGAAGUGAAAAACAAGAUUGCUCAGAAGUACGACCCUCAGAAAGAAGACGAGCUUCGAGUCUGGAUUGAAGACAUCACUGGUCGCUCCAUUGGGCCCGACUUCCAGAAAGGUCUGAAGAGUGGAGUCAUCCUGUGCGAACUUAUUAACAAACUGCAGCCAGGCUCUGUGAGGAAGAUCAACCAGACUGCUCUGAACUGGCACCAGAUGGGGACCAACAAGUGUGCCAGUCAAGCAGGAAUGAAUGCAUAUGGCACCAGGAGGCAUUUAUACGACCCCAAAGCUCACAUCCAGGCCCCCAUGGACAACACAACCAUCAGUCUGCAGAUGGGAACCAACAAAGGAGCCAACCAGUCUGGGAUGACGGCUCCUGGGACGAGGCGGGCCAUCUAUGACCAGAAGCUGGGCACAGACAAGUGUGACAACAGCACCAUGUCCCUGCAGAUGGGCUACAGCCAAGGAGCCAAUCAGAGCGGCCAGAACUUCGGCCUGGGCCGGCAGAUCUACGACGCCAAGUACUGUCCCAAAGCUGAAGAGCUGGCUGAUGAGAACGGGGCAGGAGGCAGCCAUGACUACAUCCCACAUUACCAGGAUGAGGGCUACCCAGUGUACCAGGAAGGAGGGCAGUACUACCAGGACGAUGGGACAGAUUACUGAGACACCUGAGGGACACGACGUAGGGUCACGUUGUGUAAGAAGACCUGAAGGCAGACAGACAGCUGGUGAUUUUUAGAUCUUUAGGACGUUUUCACAUUCUUUUUUAAGUAUUGUUUCAUAUUGUCUUUACCCCAGGGCUGGGCAGUCCUGGUCCUGGGGGGCCGCAGACCUGCAUGUUUUACUUUUCUCUGCUCAAACACACCUGAUUGAUUCAAUGAGUGAUUAUCAGACUUCUGCUGUACGGAGG